GGCCGCGUGGGGCGCAGAUGCCGCUGGCUGCGAGCGCGAGCUGGGCGCAGCCGCGAGGGACGCGCGGGGGAGGCGAGCGGGAGCCGAAGCCGGAGCCCGAGCCGGAGCAGCAGCGAGUGUUGGCGGGGGACGCCGGGCGCAGCCACGAUGGCCGUAGCCGUGGGGAGACAGUCUAAUGAAGAACUUCGGAACUUGUCUCUUUCUGGCCAUGUUGGGUUCGACAGUCUCCCAGACCAGCUGGUCAACAAAUCUACUUCUCAAGGAUUCUGUUUCAACAUCCUGUGUGUUGGUGAGACGGGCAUCGGCAAAUCCACACUAAUGGACACUUUGUUCAACACCAAAUUUGAAAGUGAUCCGGCUACUCAUAAUGAACCAGGUGUUCGGUUAAAAGCCAGAAGUUAUGAGCUUCAGGAAAGCAAUGUUCGGCUGAAGCUAACCAUUGUUGACACCGUGGGAUUUGGAGACCAGAUAAACAAAGAUGACAGUUACAAGCCAAUAGUAGAAUAUAUCGAUGCCCAGUUUGAGGCCUAUUUGCAAGAGGAAUUGAAGAUCAAACGUUCCCUCUUCAACUACCAUGACACCAGGAUUCAUGCAUGCCUCUACUUCAUAGCUCCCACUGGACAUUCACUUAAGUCCCUGGAUCUGGUCACUAUGAAAAAGCUGGACAGUAAGGUAAACAUCAUUCCGAUAAUUGCAAAAGCUGACACCAUUGCCAAGAAUGAAUUGCAUAAAUUCAAGAGUAAGAUCAUGAGUGAACUAGUCAGCAACGGAGUACAGAUCUACCAGUUCCCCACAGAUGAAGAAACGGUGGCAGAGAUUAAUGCAACGAUGAGCGUUCACCUCCCGUUUGCAGUGGUUGGCAGCACCGAAGAGGUGAAGAUCGGCAACAAGAUGGCCAAGGCCAGGCAGUACCCAUGGGGUGUGGUGCAGGUUGAGAAUGAAAACCACUGUGAUUUUGUGAAACUUCGGGAGAUGCUGAUCCGAGUGAACAUGGAAGAUCUUCGAGAACAGACACACACCCGCCAUUAUGAAUUGUAUCGACGCUGUAAGCUCGAAGAGAUGGGCUUCAAGGACACCGACCCAGACAGCAAACCUUUUAGUCUUCAGGAGACAUAUGAAGCAAAAAGAAAUGAAUUUCUGGGAGAACUGCAGAAAAAAGAAGAAGAAAUGAGGCAAAUGUUUGUUAUGAGAGUAAAAGAGAAAGAAGCUGAACUUAAAGAAGCAGAGAAAGAGCUCCACGAGAAAUUUGACCUCCUAAAGCGGACACACCAAGAAGAGAAGAAGAAAGUGGAAGACAAGAAGAAGGAACUAGAGGAGGAGGUGAACAAUUUCCAGAAGAAGAAAGCGGCAGCUCAGUUGCUACAGUCUCAGGCCCAGCAGUCUGGGGCCCAGCAAACCAAGAAAGACAAGGAUAAGAAAAAUGCAAGCUUCACAUAAAGCCUGGCAAGCCAAGGAUGGUCCCGCAUUCACCUGCUUUUGCAGUAAUAUUGUAUCUCUGCCAUCUGUGUCCUUUUAUGUUUGGUUUUUGGUUUAUGACCCUUCCCCGAACAAUAGCUAUUAACUCAUUUUGCUGAAUGUCAUUGGGUGGGAGAAAAUGAUAGACCAAGUGAGUGACAGCAGAAGCUCUGUGCAACUGGACUUGUUUCUGAAAAGCCAAUGAUUUAUGCCUGUUGGGUGUGGAAGCAGGAAGCAUGCCUAUGACUUGUAUGUUGCAUUGGACUGAGGGAAAGAGGGAAAACUGCUCCAUGUGUGUCUGACAGAACAACUUCUCACCACCUCAGCCACUGAACUAUGAAUGUGAAUAGCAUGAUUCUUCAUCUCCAUGAUUACAAAGCCCCUGAACUCCCUCUGCUCCUUCUCCACACCUUCCCCCCAAACAAGGUAGCUUUGUAUGUAGGCGUAAUGGUGGGUAGUCAUCCUGUGAUAUUUAUGCUUGAGCAGAGUUUACAUUUGAAUUGAUCACAUUAUUUGGCCUGGAUUGUGGGUCUGUUCAGACUGACGUGUCUCUUCUUGAGGUUUUAAAAGUGUUUCUGAACUGCAGAGUCUCAGAUCUUGCCCAAGUAAGCCUGUGUUGGUGUUCACCAUAUCAUUACAGUUCUCAUCCCCUCACAGGUAGAGAGCUCCAAGUUUGAUCAGAUGGCAUUGCUUGAUUGAAGUCUCUGACCAAGAGAUGGUGGUGGUGGGCUUUCCACAACCAGAUUACUACUUGAAGUAGGCAGUCUUGCAUAAGCAUACUUCAGCUUGCUUUCAGUGGGCUGAGGAGUGGAUCUAGUGGCUGACUGCAGGAUAUUGGUGCUUCUAAAACAUUUUUCAAUAAUCAUGGGAAAGAACAUUCUAGAAACACUUCAAAUAGAAAAUGUGUAUAUCAUUUUCAGCACAAAUUUCAUGGGGCCUUGUUCAUUUAAGGCAUGAAUUGAGAAAGAACAUUAACAUUAAACAUGAGACAAGAACAUAGAAAUUCAGCUUUACACCAGCCUCCUUCACAUAAUGCUUCAGUAUUUAACAAUAAUAAAGGGAAGCAUCACUCACACUGCUGCUCCUUCAAAUGUAUGUCUUGAGGGACUACUACUUACUUACCUGUCCUCUAACUAGGACUCAUGAUCCCAUGAAGGAGAACUAGGGAUUACCCUCUGUGCCAGGAGCUAGCCUAUAGGUCAAAUUUAUAAUAGAAGAAGGCAUAUUUUAUCUAGUUGCUAUCUUUCUAAUGCUUACCCUUCCAUCUUGAAUGUUCCUCCUGUAACAAGAGCCUCUGUUUUCUAUCUGUAACUUCUCAUUUCAUACUUAAAAAAAAAAAAAAAAAAAACUUUUCUCAUGAACCUGUUCUUUCUCUCCGAAUUUUCCUCCUCUCCUUCAUUAAUCUUAUGUCACUACAAUAUAAGACACAGUAUCUCCCCAUCUUUUAUUAUUAAGUCUCUGUUUGAUUGGAGUAGGUUUUCCCUCCUGUCAUCUCAACCAUACUUUCUUGGGAAAGGAGGAGUCAUCUUCUAUGAACUGAAUGAGGCUUAACUAGACAAAGUAAGGAAAUCUUAUUUCUUUAAAGCCCAAACCAGUGUAGGAUAGGAUCUGCAAACUAGGAGCAGCACCAUUGUCAUAAGGAUGGGCUUAGAAGCUGCAGACCAAUGUUCUGGGUCUUUUUGGUCAUCUUUUAGGUUGAAGUUUGCUAUGGAGCAGCCAGAUAGGAGACAGCAUGCUGCUUCUAACCAUGGACUGAGUCUGCUCAGAUGCUGUGCACUAGGCAAAAGCUUGAUUGCUUGUGAUGUGUGCUUGCCCCUACAUCUGCUUGUGUGAGCAUCUUUGUCUUGUAACAAAAAGUACACUUUUAAGUAAUAAAAGCGCAUCAUUGUAAAAUUAUUUUGGAUGCAUCCUUAACUGCCUUUUAAAAGCGAGUCUCAUCAUGAUAAGCAUUCUGUUGACUUUUUGAUUCCAAGAGUAGUAUUGAUUGAAUUGAUUUUUUCCCCCCAUCACACACAUUAUUCACAAUAAAAUAAAUCAUGUGGAGAGUCAGGGAAUAAAAAGUCAAAAACUAUAGAAGCUUUAAAAAAGACGUUGCUUCUGAACUUUUUUCUGCCGUUUCUCCCUAGCCCUGUUUGGUUUGUUAUUGCUGCUUUUCUCUUUUCUUUCUGUAUCUGUGCCUUUUUUCACAGUAGUCCUUGGCUCUGCACGGAAUAAAUGAUACCCUCAAAUCUAAUUGGAUGUGCUUUCGCCUUUGCAUGUAAGUACAAUAGCGAGAAACCUUUUGAGAUCUUUCUGACUUUUAAAAUAAGAACAGCGCAAAUGGGAUAGAGGAUUUUUGUUUUUGAAGGAAAGGUUUGAAUCAUUUUUAAGAUAUAUUUCAAAUAACAUUUAACUCUUCUUCAUAAAAAAAAAAAAACUCACAUAAAGUCAACGGUUCCUUGAUAGCAGUAGGAAAGCCAGCAGUUGUUUAUCCCCAUUUGCAUUUCACAUGGUAUUGUGGUCAUCAUUAGAUACUACAGAGGGUCUUUGUUCUGAUGUAAAUAAAACUGCAGAAAGGAUCUACCUCCAACUGCAGAAAGUAAAGAAGAAAAAAUGGGUGCCAGUUCUAUCAUUAUGGCUGCUUCGUGUUUUGGUUCAUGGUCUCAUCUUUAUGCUAGCUAAAUGCUGGCAGGGACUACCUCCUCCUCCACCCCACACUUGCUUCUUCUCUCCACAUCUCUUACUCAACUGUAGUGACCAUCUUUUGCUUCUUGGGGCUUGAACUAUUCCUAACAGUGCUAAGUAUGGUAGGCUAUGAUGGAAAAGCACUUAGAAGAAUUGGUUAGAAGUUCAGAGACUAUGUGCCCAGCUUAAACUCUGUUUAUUGGCCCAAGUCUUAUCUAGAAAGGGCAUCUCAACCAGCGGAAUGUUGAAUAUCGCUCUGGGCUUGGGUUUUCUUCCUUCACUGUUUGUGAUCUCACCAGCAGUAACACUCUUUGUAUCUUGUGACCUUCACAGAUGUGGUUUCCUCACUUUGUUGGACAUAUUCAUAUGUGUAUCAUAGUCACACUGUUAAAUUGGGUUUUUCAGCUGUUACCAAGCCAUGUCAUACCGUCUCUGUGUACUCUCACCAGAAAUGACCAUUCAGAUCUCUUGGCUUUGCUGUUCACAAGUGUCUGAAAUUGUCAAGCCUCACCUUUCAGAAUUCCUGGUUCCUUUGACACAGGACAUAAUAUGCAAUGGCUCUCUAGUAGGAAUUAUGCCCUCCAAAGUCAGAUUGUAUGUAGGUUUGAAGACGUUUUAAAUAAAUUGAAAAUUAAGCUGUGAACAGCAUUAGAAAUUUGUCUAUUUCUUAAUUUUAAAAAUAUGAUGGUAUGCCUUAAACUGUAGUUACAGAUCACUGUCAUUUUGCUGUUUGGAAAUAACCAAUGUGUUUCUAAAACUGUUGUGUAAUCUACAUUCAGUGUUAAUGAAGAAUUGUCAUAUAUGUAAGAUGCAUGUUUGACAUUUGUCUUUUUUAACUAAGAUAACUGUAUUGAUGUGAAGUAUAACAUUUUCCAAGUAUGAAAGUAAUCACUUAGCAAAAAUGCUCAGAUAUUGGUAUCUGUUAAGGUAGAAGAAUGCUGGAAAGGUCAUCUGUGCAUUUAUCACUAGUGCCAAGACAUAUAAACUAGGGAAAAUAUAUUUUUACCCAAA